GCGAAAGCAGCAGAAGCAGGCUGACGGCGGCGUUAGCAUUAGCGGGUUAGCUCCGUUUAAAGGGGAAACCAAAGGACGGCAGACUGAGGGACGUUCAUUUUUUCCCGAGGAGUUAGCUCGCCGUUUUGAAUAAUGUUCUUUUUAACGACGUAUUUUCAGCCUCAGGUAACUGUGCCAUUGACUCAUAUUAUCAACGCCCUUCACUCCUUGAAAACUUCAGCCACCUCUGCUGCUACUACCUCAGUUCAGAGUCUACAGAGAGAUAUUUCACCAGAGCAUGAACUGCUUCUUAACAAGACUGACAGACAGCCUAAACUAAACCUUAAGGACUUGGGCUUGUCAGAGCUGAGACUGAAUGGAGCAAAUGAGCUGCUGAACAGGCUGCUACCCACACUAGCUUCUGAGGAAAGCUCAGAAUCUAGUGUGUGCCAUCUGUCCACAAGAUGGAAAACAUCUCACAUCUCUACAGAUUCCUUCUUUCACAAUAAACAUGGCUUCUCUCACAGAAGACCAGGACUCUUCAGUUCUCCUCUAUUCCAUAGACAAAGUCCACUUCAGGCAGUUUGCUUAGAUCUUCAGCGUUUACAAGUUUGUGUCCAGAGCAGAGGUUUCAAGACUCUGAGGUCCAAGACUAAGAGGCUGCAGUCUAGCUAUGAGAGUCCUGCAGAACCUGAGGGCUACACUCCAGCAUUCAUGAAGAGUCUCCUCAUGAGGGAUAAAACUGAAGCAGAAAGCCUCGACCAGUUAAUGAAGCAGAAGAAUCUUCCUGAGAAGCAACAAGAUGCCUUUAAGACUGGUUUCACAGAAGGCUUUAUGAAAUCUCAAGUCCUAAUGCAGAGAACACAAGAUUCACUUAAGAGGACCCGUCUCAUUUUGCUUGUCCUCUUACUUGUUGGCAUCUAUGGUCUCUCAAGAACCCCCUUUCUCUCGGGUAAAGGCUCCUUUUCUGAUACUGUUCGAUUCCGUACUACAUCUGGUCUGGAUUCUGCGCUAGAUCCUAUCCAAAUGAAGAGUGUCACCUUUGAGCAUGUUAAAGGUGUCGAAGAGGCAAAGAGUGAGCUUCAGGACAUUGUUGAGUUCCUGAGGAAUCCACAAAAAUUCACUGCACUUGGUGGAAAGCUACCCAAAGGUGUCCUUUUGGUGGGCCCCCCUGGUACAGGAAAGACUUUGCUUGCCAGAGCAGUGGCAGGGGAAGCAGACGUGCCAUUCUACUAUGCAUCAGGGUCAGAGUUUGAUGAGAUGUUUGUAGGUGUUGGAGCAAGUCGCAUCAGGAACCUCUUCAAGGAGGCAAAAGCUAAUGCUCCUUGUGUGAUCUUUAUUGACGAGUUGGACAGUGUGGGUGGAAAACGGAUAGAGUCACCCAUGCACCCAUAUUCACGGCAGACUAUUAACCAGCUUCUUGCGGAAAUGGAUGGAUUUAAACCAAAUGAAGGUGUCAUUGUUAUUGGGGCGACAAACUUUGCUGAAGCUUUGGACAAUGCUCUGGUGAGACCGGGGAGGUUUGACAUGCAAGUUACAGUCCCCCGACCUGAUGUGAGGGGACGUACAGAGAUCCUUAACUGGUACUUAAAGAAAAUCAAAGUGGAUUCUGAUGUGGAUGCAGAAAUCAUUGCCAGGGGAACAGUGGGCUUUUCUGGAGCAGAGCUGGAGAACCUGGUCAACCAGGCAGCACUGAAAGCUGCUGUAGAUGGAAAGGAGACAGUGACAAUGAAAGAUUUGGAGUUUGCUAAGGACAAAAUUCUUAUGGGCCCAGAGCGCAGGAGUGUGGAGAUAGACAAGAAAAACAAGACCAUCACAGCCUAUCAUGAAUCCGGUCACGCCAUUGUGGCAUAUUAUACCAAAGAUGCUAUGCCAAUCAAUAAAGCUACCAUCAUGCCACGAGGGCCCACUCUUGGUCAUGUGUCCAUGCUCCCCGAAAAUGAUCGGUGGAGUGAGACUCGUGCUCAGCUGUUGGCUCAGAUGGAUGUCAGUAUGGGGGGCAGGGUAGCAGAGGAGCUCAUAUUUGGGGGUGAAAAUAUCACUACUGGAGCAUCAAGUGAUUUUGAUGGAGCCACCAAGAUUGCAAAGAUGAUGGUUACACGAUUUGGAAUGAGUGACAAGCUGGGAGUCAUGACUUACUCUGACCUGUCCAAACAUAGCCCAGAGACACAAGCAGCUGUGGAGCAGGAGGUCAGGGUCCUGCUACAGGACUCAUAUGAGCGAGCUAAGAAACUCCUCAAGACAUACAGCAAAGAACAUAAGAAACUGGCUGAUGCUUUGCUCACUUAUGAGACUCUGGAUGCAAAAGAAAUUCAAAUGGUUCUGGAGGGCAAAUCACUGGAUCCAAGAUGAUAUUUUUCAUGGGGAUUGUAAAGAGACUCAAGGUUAUAACCUUGUUCUUUCAAACAAACAGUGGAAUGUGUAGAACUCUUGAUACAAUUUCUUCCACUCAAUCAAUUGAAACAAAUGUACUGAAAUUGCACUUUUUUGUUUUACUUUAAUUGUGCAUUGCUUUUGCAUCAUAUUUUCUCAGAAAACUCUCUUUAAAUCAUUUGAGGUUCUCUGUUUUUCUGUGCUUGUUAAAAAAACAAAACAAAAAAAAAACAUUUUUACCUCCCUUAUAAGUCUCUUCUCUCCACUUUGACAAUGGAAUGUUGCCACUGUGUAUUUGCAGCCUGUUAUUCACUGAGUAUUGUUGUGCACACCUUACGCAGGGGAGAAGGACCAUCAUUGUAAAUUAAUCCCUAUAAUCAAGAGAAACAGAAAUAAGAGUGGGACCUAGCUAUGAAUGACUCAAGUAGGAAAUAAAAAUCAUUGUUCUGUAGUAAUCAAUGAUUUUGGUAGUUGGUAUAUUUCUGUACAGUUACUAUAGAUGUAUAAUAUACAUUGCAGUGUACAGCACCAUUUGAGUGUGGAGAGUGUGAACUUUAGGGCUACUUCAAUAUAUAGUAUUUCUCCACAAAUCAAGGACUCCUUCUGCAAAUCUAUGUAUUGUUGCUAUUGAGAGAACCCCUGUAUUUCAGAUUUUUCUUUUUUUUUCUUAGAAGAUGGGAAAAAUUGCUUACGUUACACAAAGGUUUGUGCUAAUUGUCACAAGACCAUUUUAAGAGAGAUGAGCUUUUUUCAUUUCCCAAAUGAAAUGAAGGGAGUAAAAGUGGUAAACAUGGAUCACUGGUAUAGAUUUCUGUUUUGCACAUCAGCCGGAAUUGGUAGGUUAUUGAGGUGGGUGCACACACCAGUGAUUUUAUUUACAGAUUUAUUUAUUUGUUUAAUAUUCGUCAUGUUCCAAAACCUUGUCUUUGCUCCAUAAACUGCGACUAGUCUGUGAGUGAUGUAAGAGUUAUGGUGGCAACACUGUAUAUAAGUGUAUUUGUAAAGUUUUGGGUAAGAUUUACUACACAGUGAGACUUAUUUGCCCAAAUAAAAUGAACAAUAAACUAUUGAAGUGUA